GGCCAACAUCCUCGAGUGCCAGCAAGUGCGAUAACGUGGCGCGCCACUUCCUCCGCUUCCAGAUGACGAGAGCAAGGCAAACGCAGCCGAAAUCGGAAUCACGAGAGCGUUGAUAGCCAGCUGAUAAGCUGGUUGGGCCGCCGCCUAUAAGAGAUGGCUCCGGCGACGUCCCAAUGCUAUUCCACAACGAGAGCAACCAUGUCCGGAGCACCUUGGAUGUCCCUGGCUUUUGUGGCCUGUCUGCUGGCCGCAUCGGUGGACGGCAAUGGGUUCAGCACCCAGUAUCGUGGUCACACGCAGCACCCCAGCCUGGCGGAGCACUGCCUCUACGAGGAGCUGGACCUGGCCGUUCCACUCAAUGGCUACGUUCUGCCCUCCGGUCAGCAGGGCUACUGCAUUCGCCUGGAGUGCACCGAUGACUAUCUGCUGCUGAUACGCCACUGCGACAAACAGCCCUGGCCGCGACCUGGCUGCCACCUCUCACCCAACGACUAUGAUUUCAAGUUUCCCGAGUGCUGUCCGCAACUCGAGUGCUCCGACGAGUACUAGAGCCUAGAUACUAGGUCCAAAAGCAUCGAUACUAUCUCUAUUUAAACUAUAAUCCAUUGAUCUUGUGGCAAAGUUAGCCAACGUACUAGUAAACAUAUAAUCUUUAGUUUAAUAAAAACGUACAUAGCUUAAG